CAACUUCUUGUACAUACAGCCCUGCAUGAUUCCCAGAAAGUGGACCCUACAUUUAUAGAGCAUGAACAGUCGACGGAAUUUCCCGACUUUGGGCUGGUGAGCGUUCAAAGUUUGGGACAAAUUCUGUCGGGAAAGAGCACAUUAUCAUUUUUCAUCGCAUUCACUGCUUUUCUGAAACGAAUAAAACUUGAUUAUUUCAGGGAUCCUCCCACAUAUGCGACACGUUUUCACAAAUUACGAUUUGCCGACUGUGUAGCUCCUGGUAGCUUGAAUGCGAGCCGACGAAGCUACAUGAGAUAUGACGAUAUGAUUGGGUCAAACUAG